UCUCAUCCGAGAGGUUCGUAUAUUCUGUUAUGGCUCAUUCCAUCUGAACCCACACGAUCGUCGUCGCACCCAUAUUUGAUAUCUUGUCCACAAUCUUAUCAUAGAUGCAUAAUAUAAAAUACAACAUAUCAUAAAAAUCAAAAUUUGAAAAUUAAUUUUUUUCGCAAAGAUAUAGCAGUUCAAAGAAAAUUUGCAAAUGCAUUGAAAAUGCUUUCGCCGCCAAAGUGUUGGUUCAAAGGGGUAGGUUACAUUUGCAGAUUUCAUUCAUUGAUCAUUCAUUGAUAGGAAAAAUUUUCAAAAAUUCAAAAAUUCAAAAAAAUUAGAAAUUUAAAAUGUAUUGAAAAACUCGAUUAUCGAGAAGACGGACAAGAAUCGCUCAUAGAGAGAUAAGCGAAUCGAUGCCUUUGGGCCUGAGGAAAAAAAAAGUUUAAAACCCCACGCGAUUUUUGUCCGUCUUGGAGUUUUGGCGAUUUUUCGAAAAGGUAAAAUUAACAUGGGCUGCUUGUGUAGACAGUAGUAAAUAAUUCUGUGUUCCUACGUGGCCGGAAACAUUGACAAAGCAUAAGUUGUGUGGUGUUCUCAUAUCAAAGAGAGGAAAAUACAUGGUCAGGCAGCCACCACCAGCGAGCAGGGUUUAGCACCUCUAUUUCCUGGUACUCGAUCAAACGUGUUGCUUACAAAUGGAAUGAGCCUUAUAAAAAAGGUACGACAUGUUGAGACUACCCAUUUAUUACUUUGGAUUCAUUUCGUAACGGAUCGUUUGCAUAAAUUUCUUUCCAUUUACAUUUGGUUUGGUGGCCCACUCGGAGAGAUCGUUUUCCUGAGUUGUGAUUGUGAAUGAAAGCUUCCGUGAAAUUGGUGAGCUGCUGAAAUAAUGAGAGAAGAACAGGAACUUACUUACCUACUUGCAGAAGACGGGGAGAGAAGUAAGUGACGUGUGUUUAUCCAUUCACAUAUCACCAUUCACAUUGGAUGGAAGUAGCAGGAUAUUCGUAUUUGCAGGCAAUUUUCCAACAAGGCUUUCUUCUACCCUGCUCCUGGUUUUAUUAUAUCGUCAUAUCAAUAUAUGCGCCCAUAUACAUGUGCAUAUUGAUAGCAUUGGCAUGUACAUACAUCAUUCUUCAUUUGCAAUUGCCAUGAUUUUAGUAAUGCAUUCACUCAGUCUAUUAUCUUCCCUUUCGUUCAGUCUUUUAAAAUUGUUUUUACACCAAGGUCGCCCAAAAAAGUCCAGGAAAGAGAAUGUUUCUCAGGCUGGUUAGUCAGAUUUCUAUUUGCAGAAGCGGUGCCUGCUAUAGUUCUGCAUGAGCCAGUUGGUAGCGUAUAUUGCAUAUGUGUAAAGUAGUCUGGCUUUCAUUGACGUGGACAUUGUUGGCUAACUUUAGAUUAUCAUGUCAUCCUGCCGCAGCCAGUAUUACGAGAUGCGAAUUUACGUUAGUUGGCUUUGGCAAGUAUGUAAAUAUUCUUGAUGGAAGUCUACAAUUUUUACUCGUUUCCGGUUGCGUGACUCCAUUCAUUGAUUUAUAAGAUUAAGACUAACAUGGAAUGAAGUGGGUAGAAGUUAAAUAACUUGUAUUUCUAUGCAUUUAUCAGCAGGUAUGUACAUAUGCGCUCGGGCCUGAGAUUCAAAAUGUUUAAUCUGAAUUCAAGAGUAAGAUUAAUUAUUUAACGAGUUAAUCAGUUCACUCAUUGUCAGUGGGAAUAGUGGCAGAUGCAGAUUUAUUUAUGGAUUUCUCAUGCAUACUACAUGUGACCAACAAAAACAUGAAUAAAAAACAUGAGCUUGUUGUUUAAAUAUUUAAGACGAACGUAUAUGUUAAACAGCACAACAAUUUUAUUUUUGAGUAAUAAAUAAAUAUACGCACAAGAUUUUACCAACUUUCGGGAAAAAAAAUGUGCAUUAUUUUAUAAUUAUGUAGAUAAUUAGUUAGUUAUAACGUUUAUCUAAGAGCGUAGGGUUUUUUCUUCAUUUUCUCAGAAAACUAGGUGACCGGACGUGGUUAAGAGGUAAAGUGGGGCAAAGGUAUCGACGCAUGUGAAUCCCCAAACUAAAGCUAUUCGUCUUGUCCAUGGAACAAGUGUCAUCCGAUUAGCCUCGUUUUCCAUCAGAAAAGACACUAUUUAAAUUAUUGUAUUGCUAACAGAUAUGUUCACAUACACGUGACUCUAAUGCAAGUGUUGAUAACUGGCAUUCUUAAUUUGAGACGUUUGCAGUGACCAUAAAAUAAUAUAAAAUGUCAUACAUGCAUUACAAAUGAAUGACUUAUUGUACGGAAUAAUUGUACACACGUGCACGCAUUAGUACAAAAAUGAUUUUCAAUUUUUGCGUCGUCGUAACUUGAAUAAAUUCGUCGUAAUGUUUACUUGGUUUUACAAAAAUAUUGGUGUAGUGUUGACGUUGACGUGAGAUUGAGUAAUUUCAAGUUACUACGUACAUAUGUGUAACAGGAUAAGUUAUUACCCAUUGACUCAUUAAUUAAGAUAAGCAAAUAAUUUGCCGUAAUCUUGCGAUAUGUAGUGGUCACACAGUCAGAAGUUCUCAUGAUUCUGAGAACAAUGUUAUAAUGAUCAACACAACAUAAUGUGACGUUUACAAUUUGUCAGCAGACUGGAGUUAAACAACCACGACCUCAAAUUUUAUUGCGUCCCCCCGUAAGUUCGCAACACCAAUAAUAAAUGAUAAAUAACUGCAUGCAUGUAUUUGCAUUGCUUUUCUGACAUAUGUAUGUCAAAUCUCAGGUUCAAAUUUGGAUAUGUGCUCGCUUGAUAGGACAAUAUUUUCAUUGAUUGUCGGUUACGAGUUAAUUCUUCCAAUGUAAGCGAUUUUAACACUAUUUGUACUACAACCCACUUAUUUUCAUCAUAUUCCGUAAAAUUCCAUUGAUGACACAUAUAGAUACAUACACGUGUGUACAUUAAAUACGAACUGGAUCAAUUGGAUUCAGUCAGACUAACACUCACACGUAUUGACAGCUCCACACUCAACCCAUUUGAAAGAAAUAGCUUUAAUGUCAUCAUAUUACCAUUGCUCAUACAUAAGUAAAGCAACAUUGAGUCAAAAGAUCAGAGGGUUUUCAAAAUUUCGAAAAAGUGUGCGCGUCCCGUAUCCUUAUAUUUCGGAGCUGAUUCUAAUGCUUCUUACCUCGUGUUCCUAUUUCGAAAGGGAUGUCUACACGGCCUUCAAAAUUUGGCGUAGGUGAUAACACGUUAUAUGCUUCACAUAUACUUCCAUGACACAUGCAAGUAAAUGGAAAAAAUAAGGUAAAGAGGCUUUCUAGUUGUGAAUGCAUCAACAGAUCGUUUAAUAGAUGAAUGAUCUAUGAACGAUCAAUACACAUUUUUACGUGCACGUUAUUUCGCUGCGGAGUAAAUGCUGAGGCAAGUUGCAUCACACGAUAGAAUUAGAAUGUACCUAAAUAUGUACCUACUAAUCCUAAAUAUAUGUAUUUUAAUGUAUGGUUUAGACCUGUGUGAAUACUUUGGCAAAUUAGUCAAAAUCAAUCAUUAAUAUUCCGGUCUAUGAAUUAGUCCCUUCUUACCUCAGUCAGUUAAGUCAGUAAGUACACAGAUCUGUACAUAUAAAAGAGUCAGUAUUACUCCCCAGUUAUUACGUGUUAAAUAGAGUGACUACAUCGCAGAUAUCAUAUCGUAUGACAUCUUAAUUAUCAGUUCAACAGUUCCACUUGGUGUUGCAAUUAUGUUCUUCAAAGUGAACCUAAAAAGUUCACCACACACUUUGACAUAUCUCAACGGAACUAAUCGACUUGAACUACUGACAGCAAUCAAAGCGCUGUGUAUAUCUACGUUCUCAUAUGCAUACGUAUGUAUCUAUCUCUGCAAGCCUUUAGAUAUUUGAAUGAAGCAGGAUUAAAAGUGUAUCGAUGCUUUUUAAUCGACUUAUUCUUGGUAUAAAAGUGAGGAAACUGUUUCAAAAGCAGUAAUAGCUCUUCCAAGAUUGUCCAGUCGGGUUUCUCUUUCCAUCGCUGACUAUUCUCAGUCUGUAUUUUUAUUUAAUGCAUCAGUUUAUAUUUGUGCUUAAGAAUAAUAUAUAUCCGUAGUCAUUACUAUUGCCAAAGUAAAUCAAUCAAACUUUUGCAGAAUAGUCAAAAUUGCACUAUUAAAGCAAUAUUGGAGCAAUAUUGCUGUUAUCCAAUAAGGUUCACAGUGUCAUUGAUCAGGUUUGUUGCAUUGACCUUCCAGUUUAAUCGCCGAGCUGGAGUUCACUGUCAGUGUCGGUCGAGCACAGAGUAUAUAAUAAGCAAGGAAGUAAAGGAAGUCGUUUUCACUUGACUUUGAAGAUCACUGGAAGACUCGACAAUUUUGUUCUCUAGUCAAAUUUUUUUCAUCUUCGUUCUUUCACGUUUUGGCGUAACUGGAGGUUCAUUAUUGACAAUCUACCACUCCUCUCCAUUUCCAGAAUGGGAGAAAAGAAUACCAACAUAAAAGUGUCUCACUUUCCCACUUCCGAUAUUAGUACACUCGGAUUUCAGAUGAUUUCCGUGGGAAAAACCAAGUUCUUCGAAUUCAUGUCCAACCAUGGUGUCAUCAAUUCCUCGGGAUCUGCAGAUUUGAUUUCAAAACAGGACAAGAGGUGGUUGCAUAACAAUAAUCAUAGCAGUCAAACGACAACUCUCAAUGAAGCAGUAUCAGAAACGAGGAAAGUCUCAUCUCUGGCACACACAGAAGAGUUCAGUUUAGAAGACGUUUCAUUUCACGAUACGCCUACCGAUUGCUGGGUCGUCAUCUACGACCAUGUUUAUGAUAUCACUCCUUUCCUCUUCGAGCAUCCUGGAGGUGAAGAAGUGAUGCUGGAAUAUGCUGGACGCGAUGCGACAUUGGCAUUUCGAGGUGUCGGACAUAGCAAAUCUGCCGUGAAUUCGCUUAAACCUUAUAAAGUUGGAAUCCUAAUAGAGGAGGACAGAAUGUGGAUUGGUCCCGAGGCGGAAAAAUAGCAGUCGCGCCCACAAAAUAGCGGUAGGCGAAACGGCUCAUCCAAUAAAUAUAUGUCGAGAUAUUCCACCAUGCCUAAACAAAUGCUCUUCACAACAACCUGAACUAUCAUCCAUCACAAGAUAAGGUCCUAAUUUUACACCCUAGAAGCGACAUAUUGCUGCAAUCAAAAUACCACCAAAGACACGAAAACAAAUAUUUUUCAUGCUUGAUAUUGCAUAUGGAAAGUAUUGAAGAAAUUGACGUGAACCGUGGACAACUUUUACUAUUAUUCAAUUUUUGAACUUGAUAAUCACACCAUCCUUAAUAUCUUACCCAAUCCAAUUCCAUGUCACAUUUACUAUUUCCGAGGGUAGUAAACACUACAUGUAAUGUACAUGGAAUGUACAUACAUAUUUAGAUACAUCGUGCAUACAUACAAAUGUAUUCUUGAAUUAUAAAUAUAUGUUUACAACAGAACUGUGGCUGGUUUUCACUGAUUCUAAAGUAUGUUAGUUAUGAAUGAUCUCUUUAUAGAUACAUACAUAUAAUAUAUUUAUAGCUAUUAUACAGAAGCUAUAAUUUAAAUUUGAUAUUAUGGGUGGAUGCAAUGCAACGAAAAAUAACUAAUUACGAGUAUUAUUCAGUUUGUAUCCCGCAGUUUUGAUAAAUAGAGAUAAUGAAUUGUUGAUAACGAAUAAAUUUUU